CGAGUAGUCUACACACGAUGCGGCGUGGCAUGUCAUGCCUUCGCCUUGCCGGUCUUGCGAAAACAAGUGCCUGUCGCCCCGCCAACUUGCGGUCGCUCCUCGCGACAGGCCCAUUUCCAUUUCACAUACGUGCUCGUACCCAGCAACAGAAAGCAUUUCAACAUCUAUCGUCCAACACACUUUUCCCAUAGGAUGAUAAGGAAAAAUUGUGUAUUCAUUUGGAAUUUCCAGGAACACUGCAUACGAGAUGCCGUUUGUUUAUGAAUUAUUUCAACCUAGACACCACGCAACGCCUGAUGGUUUGUAUACUAACCAUUGAGCACAUGUGGGAUACAUUAGGAAGAAGGCUUAGGCAGUACUAUGGAGAAUUUCAAACUGUGGCUGCGUUGGAACAGGCGAUGGCAAACGAAUGGGGGCAAAUACCCCAAAACACGAUAGCUAGAGAGGAUGAGAUCUGUUAUCCAAGCCCGGGAAGGAAAUACUCGUUUUUGAUAACAAUUUCUAAUUACCAAUGACAUCAAUGUAAUUUUUUAAAUUAAAUUGUUUAUCGC